AUGGCAGAAGAUUUCAAUGUUGAAACUCAGACGUCUGACCAGCAGCAUGGGGAGAUGCCAAGCGACAGGAAUCAGAGAAGGCAAGACAACGAUGGCUCUGGUGUUAGGUUCAAGUACAGAGACAAAGGCUACGAGGUCGUGUUUGUGGACAAUAUUGAGAAGUUUGACUUAGACCACUGUCUUACUAGACACCCCAGAGUAUUCCUCAUAGUAGAUGACAUGUUUGGUACUGUUGGAUUAUCUGCGAAUACAUCACAGGUGAAAUCCUUUCUAAACAACCUUCUCCUCCAUUUAGAACAAAAGUGGAGUGCGGAAAAGCUGCAGUCAGAAAUGCAUGAAAGCUAUAAUGCUGUUGGUAAAUCCAGAAAGAAAGUGCAGAGUCAACCAGAAUUUCAAACAAAAGAUAUUCGUGUGAUCUUCACAUCAAAGUCAUACAACUUCCAUGAUGGACUUGCAAAACUGCAGUACGAGGGUUUCAAACUGUUCAAAGGUCAAACUGUAAUGGAUUUAACCACACAAGAUAAAUACUGGCUUUCUGACAAAGAGAAAAAGACAAUAUUUGAACAACUUAGGAAUGCUCUUGGUGACUGCUCCAUGCAACAUAUACCUGAUUACAGUGAGCUGGAAAUCUGUUCAAAUAUCUUUGGAUUCCCUCUUAUUUGUAAACUUUGUUUUGAAUUUUCAUCUUUCUACAAAAAUGCAAAAUCUUUUUUCAAAGAACCUCUGUUUUAUCUCAGGCUAGAACUAAAGCAUUUGCUUGAAGAGAGAAAUGACCGAUCAGCCAUUCUGGUUCUGAUGCUACUGUGUGAAGACAAAUUGGACCUGACCAAGUUAGACAGUGAAGGUGAGGAUAAGGAAAUCGACAGCCUGGUCAAAACUGUUUUACGGCUGAUGUCUGACGCUACACGUUCAGGCAUGUACAAAGCAGCUAAAAGUUUGAGAGGUACAUUCUUCACGAGAGGAGACACUGUUGGAUUUGCUCAUUCUUCAAUCUAUGAUGCUUGUGCCUGUGCCUUGUAUAACAUCAGUCCAAUCUUUGUUUUUAAGCACUGCAGUGAUGACUUUCUGUUUGAAAGGGUACAGAGUGAAAAGGUUGAGGAAACCAAAGUUGAUGAUCAUCUCCAUUUGAUAUAUGUCUCAAAGAAUUAUGAUGACCUACUUACCACAAGGUUUGCACAGUCUAUCAAACAAGGACAGUUUUCUAAAUCAGUGACACAUCCAAUUCUCAAACACGACGCCGCGGUUUUCAAGCUGCUCAACAAACUUCAGUGUGAUCGGACAAAACAGCUUCACCAGCCUAAUCAAACUCAUUCUGAGGAAAAACCUUGGUUUCACAAGAAAGAGAAGGGACAAUGUUUUCUGUACUGGGCAGUUCUUGGACAUAAUGCACGUCUAAUUACAGAUAUAGAACACACAACUGGAGAAGAGUUCACUGAAGAAGAGAUCAGUGAGGCCAUGGAAGGAUGUGCACAAAGCAACAAUGUGACAGCAUUGAAAUGGCUGUUCAGCAGGAGUGAGAAACAUGACCAUCAGUUGACACUGAACAGACUCUUGUUGGUAGCUGCUGUAAAUGGCAACUCUGACAUACUAGGUUAUCUGCUUCAGGAAGGCGCUGAUAUUAACACUAGAGACAAGGGAAUGCAAACCAUCUUCCAUCUUGUCUGUAAAUCAGGAAUGGAAAAAACCCUGAAAGUCCUGUUAACCAGGAAACCUGGGAAUAAUUCUAUAAACUCUGUUGAUGUGAAUGGCAGGACCCCCGUCAUGGUUGCAGCACACACGGGAUCAGAGGGAUGUUUUAAGUUACUGCAGACAAUAUCAAACUUGAAUUUGAAAGACAAAAAUAGCUACGGAAUUAUUCAUCUUGCCUGUAUUGGUGGUACCAAGGCUAUAGUGCAACAUGUCCUAUCUCCUUCUAACAUAAACAGUAGAGGGAUGCAUGGAUACACACCAGUAAUGGUGGCAGCUUUCAAUGGACAUCAAAGUGUGUUUUACCUCCUUGUGUCCUACCAAGCUGACCUCACACUGGUGUGUACACAUAGUGUAAGUUUACUUCAACUUGCCUGUCAGGGUGGAAACACUGCUAUAUUACAACAUGUCCUGUCUCCUUCUAACAUCAACAGUAGAGGCACAAAUGGAUGCACACCAGUAAUGGUGGCAGCUUUCAAUGGGCAUCAAAGUGUGUUUGACCUCCUUGUGUCCUACCAAGCUGACCUCACACUGGUGAAUACAGAUGGUAAUAGUUUACUUCAACUUGCCUGUCGUGGUGGGAACACUGCAAUAGUACAACAUGUCCUGUCUCCAUCUAACAUCAACAGUAGAGGGAGACAUGGAUUUACACCAGUAAUGGUGGCAGCUAUCAAUGGACAUCAAAGUGUGUUUGAACUCCUUGUGUCCAACCAAGCUGACCUCACACUGGUGGAUACAGAUGGUAAUAGUUUACCUCAUCUUGCCUGUGAGGGUGGAAACACUGCUAUAGUACAACAUGUUCUGUCUCCUUCUAACAUCAACAGUAGAGGCACACAUGGAUACAUACCAGUAAUGGUGGCAGCUUUCAAUGGACAUCAAAGUGUGUUUGACCUCCUUGUGUCCAACCAAGCUGACCUCACACUGGUGGAUACAGAUGGUAGAAGUUUACUUCAUCUUGCCUGUCAGGGUGGGAACACAGCUAUAGUACAACACGUUCUGUCUCCUUCUAACAUCAACAGCAGAGGCACACAUGGAUACACACCAGUAAUGGUGGCAGCUGUCAGUGGACAUCAAAGUGUGUUUGACCUCCUUGUGUCCAACCAAGCUGACCUCACACUGGUGGAUACAGAUGGUAGAAGUUUACUUCAUCUUGCCUGUGAGGGUGGAAACACUGCUAUAGUACAACAUGUUCUGUCUCCAUCUAACAUCAACAGUAGAGGCACACAUGGAUACACACCAGUAAUGGUGGCAGCUUUCAAUGGACAUCAAAGUUUGUUUGACCUCCUUGUGUCCAACCAAGCUGACCUCACACUGGUGGAUACAGAUGGUAAUAGUUUAUUUCAUCUUGCCUGUCAGGGUGGAAACACAGCUAUAGUACAACAUGUUCUGUCUCCUUCUAACAUCAACAGUAGAGGGAUACGUGGAUACACACCAGUAAUGGUGACAGCUGUCAGUGGACAUCAAAGUGUGUUUGAUCUCCUUGUGUCCAACCAAGCUGACCACACACUGGUGGAUACAGAUGGUAAUAGUUUACUUCAUCUUGCCUGUCAUGGUGGGAACACUGCUAUAGUACAACAUGUUCUGUCUCCUUCUAACAUCAACAGUAGAGGGAUACAAGGAUGCACACCAGUAAUGGUGGCAGCUUUCAGGGGACAUCAAAGUGUUUUUGACCUCCUUGUGUCCAACCAAGCUGACCUCACACUGGUGGAUACAGAUGGUAAUAGUUUACUUCAUCUUGCCUGUCAUGGUGGAAACACUGCUAUAGUACAACAUAUAGGGCAUUCUUUGGAGAAAGAUGAGUGA